AAAAGUUAUGUAGAUUUAGCGAAAUAAUUGAAUCACAUAAAUUUUCUUCGUAAUUAAUUCAAUUCAACACUACUGUUUCUGAAAAACUGUUUACUCGAAUUUAUUACUCGGUGAUACCAGUAAAUAAAUUUGCAGUGUCAGUAAAAUAUAUUGAUAUUUUAUUUACUUUUUUAUGAUUGUACGUUGGUUAGCAAGGUCACGGUUUAUCUAGUUUUGAGUAAUGAUCGUCAUAUACCGAGAGAAUAUCGUCAUAUACCGUUUAUAUUAUAAAACAGAUGUCGAAACACAUGAUUGCUUCGCAGUAAAAAUAGGUCGGAUUGUAGUACCUAUUCUUGUGGGAUUACAAUAUUCCGUACCACCAGUAAUCAUUACACUAUAUUUUUUUACGGGAUUGAUUUAGCUACACGAUUAUCUUAAUAUUUCCCCAUGACUACAGAUUCGGCGUACCAGCUGUUGGUAAAUUGUUUUAUAAAAGGUAAACUAUGUCAAGUAUUGUGUGAAAUACACAAAUUCUAAUAUGAUAUUUGUACAUAGCCUUAACGUGACCUGUAACUCAAACUGAUGUUAUGCCCGCAGCCUGCGAGAGUUUUACCAAUCUAAAUUUGAAAAAAUAAAUUGUAAAAUUAUUAAAAAUAUAAAUACUUCUAAAUACCUUAAUUUUGAGGAGUAAUUCCGCAUUCAUUUGAAGUUAGUUAUUUUAGUUAAUAAAUCGCAAGAACUGUCGCCUUGAAUAAAAAAUCAUUCUAAAAAUAAGCACUAACACCAUUUCGUGUUUGCGGUAGUAAAAUGAUUUUGUCUUGGCUGAUGAUAGUUUUCCCUUUGAGAUUUGUUAAACUGAAGAUUUAUAAAAUGGAAAUAUUGGCUGUAUGAAAUCGUUCCUGUGGCCUGCCCAAGCAGGACACAAAUAAAAAAUACUUCUGUCAGAGUUUGAAAAUAACGACAACACGAGAUUGAAAAAAUCCACUGUUGAGGGAAUAUACUUUUUAUUUUGUGUAUUUCGAAACACAGAAAAUGGCCAAAAAUUACGUGACUAAUUUUCGUGGUGAAAGUUUUUUCACACCGAAUGCUAAAAUGAAUAUAAAAGACGAACCGGUCACUCCUAUUGAAGAAGACUUUGGUGAACAUAAUAAUUUGGAUAGUUACGAGAACGAUUACGGCUCGAUGAGAAAAUCAUUGUCAAUGAACGACAUUGCAGCCCUUCGUGAAGAUCUUGUUAAGUUGGAAUUCAGUGAUCAUGAUGAUGUGUACCAAAGAUAUCGGAGACCGACAGCGGGACCACAAGAACUGUCCAAAACGAAGUUUGUGUCCAUGGCAGAGGCUAUAUACCAUUAUCAAAGAGAUACUCCGGGUAGAUUUCGUUCAACUAAACCUCAAAUAUUUAGAACCCAAGGACGUGCAGGCCCUAAUGGGCUCACAGUUCCUCAGUCUCCCAUGCUCCGUUGCAAAGCGCGUUCACGGCCUCUACAUGUAAUGUCACAAAAAGAAAAGGAAGACCUAGAACUUGAAGAAUUAAAAAAAUAUAAGAUCAAAGCUCAUCCUAUACCUAAGUCUGUGAUGGAAGGGCCUAUAAAUCUACCAGAUGUACCAAAGAAGCCAGUGACAGUUCCUGAACCAUUUCACUUAACUGAGAUCCAUAAAAAACCUAUUGCAUCCCCAGUAGUUGAGAAAUUUAAAGCUAGACCUGCCCCCAAACAUAUUCUUCAAAAACCACAAGUGCCAGUGAAGCCUCCAGUCCAUGUUACAAAAUCAAUCAGUCCCAAAUUUCAUUAUAAAAGGACAAAUUCUGCUGAUCAACUAAAGAAUGAAAAGCCAUCCCAGAAACUAGUUGAGAAGUGCCUGAGACAAGGACCAGUUAAACCAGAACCUUUCUCUUUUGAAAAAAGAGAUGAGGAGAUGAAACGUCGUAGGGAUGAAAGAAUAAAAAAACAAAUUGAAGAAGAAAGAAAACAGGCCUCCCUGUUCAAAGCCCAACCCUUACCAGGUGCUGUAAAGAAACAAAUGAAGUGUGCCACUAUUAAAGGCAGUUCAUCCACUGCUUCUUCAGAGAAUAAGGAAAAUCAUAAAUUUGAAGCUCGGCCACCUAUAGUACUUUACAAAGAACCAUUUAAGCCAGUUUUGCAAUCUUUGCAUAUAGUAAAACCUGUUCCAUUUGAGCUGACUACAGAGAAACGAGCAGCAGAGAGAGAGAAGUUUGAGAAGCAAUUGAGAGAAAAGGAAGAAGAGAUGGAAAGAAUUAAACAGAUGAAAGAGAAAGAAAGACUUGAAUCAGAAGAGAGAGCUAAAGCAGAACUCCGAGCAAAACUUAUACAUCAUGCAAAACCUGUACCAGUGCUUGUACCAUUUGUACCGGAAAAAUCUGCAGCAUCUCUAACAGUACCUGAAACACCUAAAUUUGUAAGGAGGUUGAAGCAGCAUUGAUAAACAAUGAUCGAUAAAAGAAUUAAUCUUCUAAUAAUAAUCUUCUUACAUAUGAAGUUUGUCAUUUAAAUGACGAACAACUCCUCAUAUAACCCAGGGACUUAUUACUUGAAAUAAUGUAAUGCAGUGAUAGACAUUCCCUUUUAUAGAUAAUUUACUUUAGUUCGAAUAGCUGUAAUUUUUAGUGUAAAUGUUUCAGACAUACUUUUAUUUCAUUAUUAAUUUGGAUUUAUUUGGCAAUUGAAUUAUGGUAAUAUAAACUAUUUAAACAAAGAA